GGAGGCGGCGUGCCUGCGGCGGGCAGGGGCAGCCUGGCUGCCGGCCGCGGAGGGGGCCGGCGCCCCAGCACCGAGGCGGCGGAGGGGGCCGGGACAGGGCGCAGACCCGGCGGCCGCGGGCCCGAGCGGCGGCGGCGGCGACACCUCCCCGCACAAGUGCGAAGCGGCGCCUGGGGACUGCGCUGCCUUCUGCGCUGCUCGCCCCUCGCCGCCCCGCUGUCGGGACGACCUCUUCGGGAGGGAGGGGGUUACCUUCUCUUAGCAAAGUCCCGUCCCUUGCGAGGGAAACUUUCUAAGUGCCUGUGCGUGAGAGACAACUAGUUGCACUCGCUGAAGUGCGAAGACUGCUUGGCUUCUUCCUUACCAGCCUCCUCCUCCGUCUCCCCCCCCCCCCCCCCAAGUCUCCCCUCCCGUUUUGCUCCGAGUUGCGUUUUAUUUGUGUGUGGAGAAAGGGGGGGGACUUGUGGAGGGGAUGUCCUGUUUUUGCCAGAGGAACAGUGCAAAAGGGGAACCUCGACUCGCUGAAGGGACGAGAAUAAAUAAAUAAGGAGCAGCCAUAAAAUAAAGGUAGCGGCAUAUCCCGGCACCGAGAAGACCACUGAGCUGUAAAUUUUGAAGAUAACAUAAUUUCUGCUUGUGGGGGAAAAGAAAAGUGAGUAACCUCCAUGGAAGACUCUCAGGAUCUAAGUGAACAGUCAGUAAAGAAAACGUGUACAGAAUCAGAUGUUUCAGAGCCUCAGAAUUCCAGGUCUAUGGAAAUGCAAGAUCUAGCAAGUCCUCAUAAUCUUGUUGGAAGUACUGAUGCGCCAGGUAGUACCAAACUGGAUAAAUCUAAUCUCAGUAGUACAUCAGUUACAACAAAUGGAACUGGGGGAGACAACAUGACCGUUUUAAAUACUGCAGACUGGUUGCUGAGUUGCAGUACUCCCUCUUCUGCAACAAUGUCUCUUCUUGCAGUCAAAACAGAGCCCAUGAACAGCAGUGAAACAACAACAACAACUGGAGAUGGAUCUCUUGACACUUUUACUGGGUCAGUAAUAACAAGUAGCGGCUACAGUCCAAGAUCAACACAUCAGUACUCUCCGCAGAUAUAUCCCUCCAAGCCCUAUCCACACAUUCUUUCUACACCAGCAGCUCAAACAAUGUCUGCCUAUGCCGGACAAACCCAGUAUUCAGGAAUGCAGCAGCCAGCGGUCUAUACAGCCUACUCACAGACAGGACAGCCGUACAGCUUACCUACUUAUGAUUUGGGUGUAAUGUUGCCAGGCAUCAAGACGGAAAGUGGACUCUCGCAGACACAGUCACCACUGCAGAGUGGGUGCCUCAGUUACAGUCCAGGGUUUUCCACCCCACAGCCAGGCCAAACACCGUAUUCUUACCAAAUGCCAGGUUCUAGUUUUGCACCAUCAUCCACUAUUUAUGCAAACAAUUCAGUUUCAAAUUCUACAAACUUCAGUAGCUCACAACAGGAUUAUCCAUCCUACACAGCUUUUGGCCAAAACCAAUAUGCACAGUAUUAUUCAGCAUCAACAUAUGGCGCAUAUAUGACCUCAAACAACGCGGCCGAUGGCACCUCUUCAUCAUCAUCAACCUACCAGUUACAGGAGUCUCUCCCUGGCCUGACUAGUCAACCAGGGGAGUUUGACACAGUACAGAGUCCCUCCACGCCAAUCAAAGAUCUUGAUGAGAGAACAUGUAGGAGUUCUGGGUCAAAGUCCCGGGGUAGAGGGCGGAAGAACAAUCCAUCACCCCCUCCGGACAGUGACUUGGAGCGUGUAUUUGUUUGGGAUUUGGAUGAAACAAUCAUAGUUUUUCAUUCACUGCUUACAGGAUCCUAUGCACAGAAGUAUGGCAAGGAUCCUCCAAUGGCAGUGACCCUUGGCCUGCGAAUGGAAGAAAUGAUUUUUAAUCUUGCUGAUACGCAUUUAUUUUUUAACGAUUUGGAGGAGUGUGAUCAAGUUCAUAUAGAUGAUGUUUCUUCUGAUGAUAAUGGGCAAGACCUAAGUACCUACAGUUUUGCAACUGAUGGCUUCCAUGCAGCUGCAAGUAGUGCAAACCUUUGUCUGCCAACAGGUGUAAGAGGAGGGGUUGACUGGAUGAGGAAGCUGGCUUUCCGCUACAGAAGAGUAAAAGAGUUGUAUAAUACUUACAAGAACAACAUAGGAGGUCUCCUUGGUCCUGCUAAAAGAGAUGCAUGGUUGCAAUUAAGAGCAGAGAUUGAAGCUCUAACAGAUUCCUGGCUAACAAAUGCACUUAAAUCAUUAUCAAUUAUCAGCACAAGGAGUAACUGUGUAAAUGUGUUGGUAACAACAACUCAGCUUAUUCCAGCACUUGCAAAAGUCCUGCUAUACAGCUUAGGAGGAGCUUUUCCUAUUGAAAAUAUUUACAGUGCAACCAAAAUAGGCAAAGAGAGCUGUUUUGAGCGUAUAGUGUCCAGAUUUGGCACUAACAUAACUUAUGUUGUGAUUGGAGAUGGCCGAGAUGAGGAGCAUGCAGCUAAUCAGCACAACAUGCCUUUCUGGAGGAUAUCCAGUCAUUCAGACCUCUUGGCUCUCCAUCAAGCACUGGAACUAGAGUAUUUGUAACUGCGUUCUAAAGUUGGCGCUUCUUUUUUUUAUAUAUAUAUAUAUAUUUCAAGUACACUGAAUUUUUAUGU